UAUUCCAGGCUGCGCAGUAGCUCGCUCGCUUCCCUUGCGACAUAUGAUGAUACCAGCGCAUUAGCUCGCCCACAGUCCCUCCCUUCAUUCUCCCCCCCUUCUUCUGUGUUUCUCCUUUUGCAUCGAGAUCCAAUAUGGCCACAGAGGGCACAACAACCCCGCCAGUGUUGCACGGCCCGACUGCGAAGGAGAAGAAGUAUGAUAGACAACUACGGCUUUGGGCGGCGAGUGGCCAGGCAGCCCUUGAGGAGGCGCAUUUGCUGCUUGUCAACGCUGGCAGCGGUGUUGCUGGAAUAGAAGCACUAAAGAAUCUGGUCUUGCCUGGUAUGGGGCAGUUCACAAUCCUGGAUUCAGCCACGGUUCGGGAAGAAGACCUCGGCGUCAACUUCUUCCUGGAUGAACAGAGCUUGGGCAAGUCGCGCGCGGCUGAGACGUGCAGAUACCUGCAAGAGCUCAACCCAGACGUAAGAGGAUUUUCGAUAUCAGAGCCUGUAGAGACCUUCAUAUCUCGACCCGAUAGCCUUACACGCUACUCCCACAUACUCGUCGCCUCUCCGAUAGCUCCUGUUGUCCUAGAGAGUAUAUCCGAACAUGCACGACUAACUCACAAGCCGGUUAUCUAUAUUCACUGCGUCGGCUUCUACGCGCAAUUCUCCCUGUACCUCCCUCCCACCUUCCCGAUCGUCGACACACAUCCCGAUCCCGCAUCUACCACAGACCUACGUCUAUUGAAACCAUGGCCGGCGUUGAGUGAAUUCGCGGCACUUAAGUCUGCUGGUCUUGAUGAAAUGAACGAUCAUGAUCAUGGACAUGUUCCCUAUAUUGUAAUCUUGCUGCAUUAUUUAGAACAGUGGAAGGCAAUGCAUGACGGCAAGCUUCCCGUUACGUACAGGGAGAAGACCGAGUUCCGGGAACUAGUGCGGGCAGCAAUGCGCACAAAGAACGCUGAAGGUGGUGAAGAAAACUUCGAAGAAGCUAUCGCCGCUGUUCUAAAAAGUCUUAACGAACCUACAGCUAGUUCCGGUAUCAAGGAAGUGUUUGCCGCCGAAGAGUGUCAAAACCUGACACCAGAUAGCGCGAACUUCUGGAUCAUUGCUAACGCCAUAUCUCAAUUCUAUGCUUCAGAAGGCGUGUUACCGCUUCCGGGCUCGAUUCCAGAUAUGAAGGCACAGUCUGCUGAUUAUAUUGCCCUGCAGAACGUGUACAAGACAAAGGCGAGGGAAGACGUGCAGAAAGUCCUCUUGACCGUACGAAAUUUAGAGCAGCAGCUUUCUAGAUCAAGACCGUCAAUUCCCGACUCUGAAGUAGAAGCUUUCUGCAAAGGUGCAGCGCACGUCAAGCUCAUCCGUGGUCGUCCGUUGCAUAUCGUUAAACCAGGAGAGCAAUAUGCUGGUCUUACUUGGGGUGAUCGAGCGAAAUUCGCCAGUAAUGCUCUGGUCGAUGACUCGAGCCUGAUCUUGUUGUACAUUGCCUUCCUUGCCUACGACGAAUUUUGUGCCACGAAUCGCACAAACGAGAAUCUCCCUAGCCCACGAGCACCUGGUGCGGACGCCGCCGGCGUGGAAGAAGACACACAGACUCUCGCCGACAUAGCUACAAGAAUCAUUUCAGGCAUUCUGGCAGAAGCGGGCAGGGAUUACAACUCCGAUGGCGAGAAGGAAGAAUGGGAAGGCAUAAAGCAGCGCCUGACUCAAUAUUGUCAGGAACUUACACGUGCGGGUGGCGCGGAGCUGCAUAAUGUGGCCUCGCUCGCGGGAGGCAUCAUCGCGCAGGAGAUCAUCAAAGUGAUAACGAAGCAGUACAUACCUGUGGACAAUACGUGUGUCUUUGAUGGCGUCAAGAGCCUGAGUGAGGUAUUCAGAAUAUAGCCAGCGACAGGCUAAAAGUUUCUGUUCAUAUCGUCACCCCCGACUGGCCAGAUUUUUGAGAUGCACAUAUUUUUCGAAGUGAUGGGCUUCCACUAUAAAGAUCUACUUGAGAGGAAACUUGAGCAACGCUCGUAUAUAUGGAACUGGAAUGAUAGCUAUGAAAUCUUUACGUUUUACGUGAACACUUUGAAUUCUCUCGUUUGUUCAUUACAUACAUGAAGC